GUUAUGACAUCUCAUAAAAAAUGUCUUGCAAAAGGCUGUCCAGGGAAUGAUAGUGGUAGAAUUCGUAUGUACAGAUUUCCAAGAGAUGAGCAAACGUUUAAAAAAUGGAUAGAAAAUCUUAGAAUCAGCGUAUUCCAUGUAAAUACAAGUUCUCGGGUUUGCAUCAGACACUUUAAAAAAGAAUUCAUUGGCGAGCGUCGACUAAAAUUAUAUGCGGUGCCCACAUUAGUUUUAGGCUAUGAAGAACGUCCGCCACAUGACUUUCACAAAAGCAGAAAUUGGAAAAAAUGUUGCAUAAAAAAUUGCAUACCUUUUCCAGAUACAUCAUUUUUCUCUUUCCCAACGGAUCUCAUCUUAAGGCAGAAAUGGAAUAUUGCUUGUCAAAUAAACGAUGAAAAUAAAAUUAAACAUAGAUUUGUGUGUGAAAAACAUUUUGAUCCAAAAUUAGUGAGAUUUUGCCGAUUAACUGCAAAUUCAAUACCAACAUUGCAUUUAGAUUUACCUUCUAAAGACGAAGCUAUUGAAAUGUUUGAAGAAAUGUUAAGUGAAACUGAGUUAAGUGAUAGUUUGUCUGUAUCUGAACCUAUUGAGGUAGAAGAACUUGAUCUAAGCAGCCGGGACUCAUUUGAAUCGUACGUAGAAUAUAUAAUUGAAGAACCCGAAGCAGUCAAUACAAAUAAAAAGACUAAUGAAUGCACAAGAAGUUCCUGCAUGCUGAAGGUGGAUGAAAACGAUAUUGAGACAAGACCGAUAGCUACAAAGAAAAGUGAAACUGAAAAUAAAAGUGGCGAUCAAAUGUAUAAACAUUUGUUCUUGAAGACGAAAGUGGAAAAUAAUAAGCUAAAAAAUGCAUUACAACAAUUGCAAGAAAAAUAUCAGGCCGUCGUACAGCAAAGAGAUGAUAAAAUUACAAAACUGAGAAAUGCGAUAAGCGAUUUACAAUUAAAAUUGAAGGACUUGAAGCGUUUGGCAGCUUUCGAAGACAACGGAGAUCAAUAACGUACACAUACUGUUCUGUGAACAGUUAACAUUUAAAAAAUCACUACUGCUUUUAAACUGAAAUUCAUGAAGCUUGAGCGGGAAAACAUCUCUAUUGAGCAUUUCAAUCAGGAUACUUUUAGAUGAGCCGCAUAGAAUAUGUUGUAAAUUCAAAUUUAUUGUUUAGCUAAUCUUUGUCGAGGAUUGUGUAAAGUAAAUAGAGAUUACAGGACCUCGAAUUAUGUCGUAUUAUAUUUGAAAGAGUGCUUACAUUGUAAAAGCCACGAGGUGAAAGCUUUAUUUGUGCGAUUUCUUUCAUAUGCCCAUCUCUUAUAUAAAUGAAUGGUGCAUUCUUUGCCAUUCUUUGGCACUGAAUUUUUCCAUACAAGGAAGUGAGGAAACGAGUGUACAAAAAUUAUUCGUACCGUCUUUGGCGUAUAGAAUUUACUUACAAUAUUUUUUUGUAUCGAAUUUUUUUUUUGUAACGAAUUCAACAGUCGCUA